CCCAAUUCAUCACUUCCCCAAGGACACUGAUCCUCACAUCGCCCUUUCCACUAUUGACUCUUCGCCGGUUCAAUCACAGAAGCAGCGGGCAGCAGCAGUUUCAGUAAACCAUGAACCCUCGUUUCCACAUGGAUGCAGGAGCAGAAGAGUUGGAGCAAGCCGCGGAAACGGCCAAGUGCCUGCUGCUCUUCUCCCACGCCGUGAGCACCGCCGCCGCAGCGCGGACCUCACCCUCGGGGGGAUACGAGUGCAAGACGUGCAACCGCCGCUUCCCCACCUUCCAGGCGCUCGGCGGCCACCGGGCGAGCCACAAGAGACCGCGGUUCGCCGAGGAAGACGGCGACCAGGGUCAGCAGUCUCACAAGCAUCAUAAGCCUAGAGGGCACGAGUGCGCCAUCUGCGGGCUGGAAUUCGCCAUAGGGCAGGCUCUCGGCGGCCACAUGAGGCGCCACCGGAAUACGGCGGCCCAUGGGCUCACCGUGGGUGGUGCACCACCAGCUGCCGCCGUGCCCACCAAGAAGCCACGCACUGUCGAAGCCCACUUCUUCGACCUCAACAUGCCUCCUCUGGAGGACUUGCCCAACUUGCAGCUCUGCUUGACAUACUCUUGAGAAUAUUGUAGAGAGGAACUAGCCGGCCGGUUUCUUUGGCCACCAUGGGAUUCGUUAUUAUUUUCCAUACAUUUUUGUAAUCGUUCAUACAUAGGAUGUGUAAAUGAAAAUUUUCAUGCGGAAAUAUUAUUAUU